AUGAGGCCAAUGUGCUGGCAAUGGAUCAUUUUCCGCGCUCCUCUCCCGCGCCCCCGCUCUUGUCGAGGUCAAGACUGGAGGGUCAGUCGACAGGGACUUGACGACAACCGCCCUGCCCUGACUGACCAGACCUCUGGUCUUCUCUUGUCCAGUCUGGUUCGCUUGCUUACACCCUGCCCACUGCAAGCCCUCAAGACCCCAGCCUGUCUGGUUCCUUCUUGUCUUCACCACCUCUCGCAAUUCACACGGGCUGGGCUUUCCGAUCUUUCAUUCUCCCCACUCCGGAGAUGUCAAGUGAGUUCCCUUCCCGACCUUGGUCCAUCUUCUGAAUUUCCGCUUCACCUCAUAGUGUCCGUCGUUUGGCCGUUGAUUUUGACAUACAAGCCUUGA